GCAGCUCCCGUGAAGGAAACGGAUCCUUUUUUGCAACUGCCAAUCACAAGGCGCAUAUGCCAGCAGUUGGGCGGAUCUUCCGCCGCCAGCCCCGGAGCGAGCAGCUCACACACAGCAGCAGUAUCAGCAGCGACCCGGAGCCGCCUCUUCAGGAAGCCGGAACCGAAAGCGCAGCCACCAGUCUCUCCGCUCCGAGCGGCCCCGUCCUCCGCUGCUGGCCAUGCCGGCGAAGGGAAGGUAAUGAGCCGCAGAGCCCCGGGGUCUCGGCUGAGCAGCGGCACCAAGCAGUACCAGCGGAGCUGGAAUGACUGGCAACCCAGAUCUGACAGUGCUUCAGCCGACCACGACAAUUUAAAAUACUCGACUUCAAGAGACCGGGGCAAUUCUGCCUCCUAUGGAUCACAUUCUCCGAAUUCCGCUGGGUUUUCUCGACAAAAGAAUGAUGAUAUCAGGGCUCACACUGAUGUACACAAUGAAGAGCAAGAUAGCUACAGCGUCAAUGGAGGAUCUGGAGAAAGUGCUUUUGGUCGGAAGUCGUUGGGGCAAGAGCUGAGGGUUAACAAUGUGAGCCCUGAUUUCACUGUCCAGCAUGGAAACCGUGCUUUAUCUACAAAAGAUAUGAGGAAAUCCCAGGAGCGAUCGCUGUCCUAUUCUGACGAGUCUCGGUUGUCGAAUCUUCUACGGAGGAUCACUCGGGAAGACGACAGGGACCGAAGACUGGCUACAGUUAAGCAACUGAAAGAAUUUAUUCAGCAGCCAGAAAACAAAAUGGUGCUGGUUAAACAACUUGACAACAUCCUGACCGCUGUACACGACGUGUUAAAUGAAAGUAGUAAACUGCUCCAAGAACUGCGGCAGGAGGGGGCACAGUGCUUGGGCUUGCUCUGUGCUGCGCUGAGCUAUGAGGCAGAGAAGAUCUUUAAGUGGAUUUUUAGUAAAUUUAGCUCCUCGUCUAAAGACGAAGUGAAACUUCUUUUCUUGUGUGCCACAUACAAAGCUCUUGAAACUGUUGGAGAAAAGAAGGCUUUUUCAUCAGUAAUGCAGUUGGUAAUGACCAGCCUGCAAUCAAUCUUGGAGAAUGUGGACACGCCAGAAUUGCUGUGUAAAUGUGUGAAAUGCAUCUUACUUGUGUCCCGAUGCUAUCCCCAUAUCUUCAGUACAAAUUUCAGAGAUACUGUUGAUAUUUUGGUUGGAUGGCACAUAGAUCACACACAGAAACAUUCUCUAACACAGCAGGUGUCAGGGUGGCUACAAAGUUUGGAGCCGUUUUGGGUUGCGGAUUUAGCGUUUUCUACUACUCUGUUGGGGCAGUUUCUAGAAGAUAUGGAAGCCUAUGCUGAAGACCUUGGAAAUUUAGCCUCUGGUGAAUCAGUUGAUGAAGACCUUCCUCCUCCAUCAGUCUCCUUACCUAAGCUUGCCGCUCUUCUCAGAGUAUUUAGUACUGUUGUACGAAGUAUUGGGGAGCGAUUCAGCCCAAUCAGAGGGCCUCCAAUCACUGAAGCUUAUGUCACAGAUAUUUUAUAUCGAGUUAUGAAGUGUGUUACCGCAGCCAACCAGGUGUUCUCUUCCGAGGCUGUACUGACCGCUGCCAAUGAAUGCGUUGGUGUUCUACUCGGCAGCAUGGAUCCCAGCAUGGCAAUACACUGCGAGAUGGUAAUCACAUAUGGAUUAGACCAACUGGGGAACUGCCAGACGUCCGGCACGGAUUACAUCAUCUCUGUCCUGCACCUACUCACACUGAUUGUUGAACAGAUUAAUACAAAACUGCCUUCAUCUUUUGUGGAGAAACUGCUUGUACCAAAUUCAAAGCUGCUUACAUUACGGUACCACAAGGAAAAGGAAGUAGUAGAUGCAGCACAUGCACUGUACCAGGCAGUAUUGACCCUGAAGAACAUUCCUGUUUUGGAGACUGCCUACAAAUUGAUUUUGGGAGAAAUAACUUGCGCUUUAAACAGCCUUUUGACCUGUCUGCAACUACCGGAGGCCUGUGCUGAAAUCCAGCACGAAGCUUUCAAGAACCAUACGUUAAGUGUGGACAAUGCAAAGUUUGUUGUUGUAUUUGACUUAAGUGUUUUGACGACCAUUGGAAAUGCAAAGAAUUCGCUAAUUGGGAUGUGGGCUCUGUCACCUACGGUGUUUGCAUUGCUGAGUAAGAAUUUAAUGAUCGUACAUGAGGAAAUAGCUGUUCACUAUCCAGCAGUGCAGUACUCUGUACUCUCCACUUUGUAUUCACAUUGUACCAGACAUGACCAUUUCAUUUCCAGUAGUCUCAGUUCCUCAUCUCCUUCGUUAUUUGAUGUAGCAGUAAUCAGCACUGUAACCACUGCUACGAAGAAACAUUUCUCAGUCAUUCUAAAUCUCCUGGGAAUGCUGCUCAAGAAGGACAAUCUUAACCAGGAUGCCAGGAAACUGUUGAUGGUUUGGGCUAUGGAAGUGGUUGUCCUCAUGAAGAAAUCUGAAACCUAUACACCGCUAUUCGCAUUGCCAUCAUUUCACAAUUUCUGCAAAGGGCUCCUGGCAAAUACUCUCUUUGAAGAUGUGAACAUUAUCCUCCAAGCUUGCAACAGCCUUCAUAUUAUAUCCUCAUCAUUACCAGACGACCUGUUGCAGAGGUGUGUCGAUGUGUGCCGUGUACAGCUUGUGUCAAGUGGAACACGUGUCAGACAAUCUUUUGGAAAACUUCUGAAAUCUAUUCCUUUGGACAUUGUAUUAAGUAACACCAAUCACACGGAAAUGCAGGAAAUAUCCUCUGCAAUUCGAAACCACAUGGGCAAAUCUCCCAGCAACACAUUCCACCCACAGGACUUUUCCGAUGUGAUCAGUUUUAUUCUCUACGGGAACUCUCACCGAUCAGGCAAAGAUAAUUGGCUGGAAAGGUUGUUCUACAGUUGUCAAAGACUGGAUAAACGAGACUCGCUCAUUCCCCGAAACCUGCUGAAGACUGAGGCUGUCCUCUGGCAGUGGGCUGUUUGGGAAGCUGCUCAGUUCACUGUCCUCUCCAAGUUACGCACGCCUCUUGGAAGGGCACAAGAUACGUUCCAAACUAUUGAAGGUAUUAUUCGAAGCCUGGCUGCUCACACUCUGAAUCCGGACCAGGAUGUUAGUCAGUGGACAACUGCAGACAACGAUGAAGGGCAUGCCAAUAAUCAGCUACGCUUAGUGCUACUGCUUCAGUACAUAGAGAAUCUGGACAAGUUAAUGUAUAAUGCCUAUGAAGGAUGUGCAAAUGCAUUAACCUCCCCUCCCAAGGUCAUCAGAACAUUCUUUUAUACUAACCGACAAACAUGCCAAGACUGGCUCACUCGAAUUCGAAUUGCAAUCAUGAGGGUGGGGUUGUUAGCCGGUCAACCAGCUGUAACAGUCAGACAUGGCUUUGACUUGCUCUCAGAAAUGAAGAACAGUGGACCUCAGGGAACGGAACUUGAAUUGACAGUGAUGAUGGUGGUGGAAGCUCUUUGUGAACUUCAGUGCCCAGAAGCUAUACAGGGGUUAGCUGUGUGGUCUUCAGCUGUUGCUGGAAAAAGUCUUUCAUGGAUCAAUUCUGUAGCACUGCAAGCAGAUGGAAGGUUUGAGAAAGCAGCAGUGGAAUACCAGGAACACUUGUGCGCCAUGACUGGGGUUGACUGCAGCACAUCUGGAUUUGAUAAGUCUGUCCUAAAAUUGGCCAAUUCCAGCAGCACAUCUGCUAGCCCCAAACACUCUAAUGGUGAUGCGCGUAAAACUGUUCUGACAAAGCCCAGUGACCCUUUGCCUGAAGUUAUCAACUACUUGGGCAACAAAGCCUGCGAGUGCUACAUUUCUAUUGCUGACUGGUCUGCUGUCCAGGACUGGCAGAACAGCAUGCAUGACCUGAAGAAAGGCGCGUUGGGAAGCUGUAUUAGCCUAAAGACAGACCUCAACUAUAUAAAGGCUUUAAGCAGUUUUGAGUAUGGAGAAUUCCUUGAAUGUGCAGAACAGCUGGAAUUGCUACCUGGCGAAAAUCUAAGUCUUUUAACUGGUUCCAAGGAAAAAAUAGAUGUAAAGAAAUUGCUCACAAACAUUCUUAGCCCUGAUCCCAAAGAGCUGCAGAAGUGUAUUGAGGUUCAGCUACUCAGAAGCUCUGUGCAUUUGAGAUUAUCUUUGGACGAUGCAGAACAUGAAAAUAAGUGGCAGACCAUCUCAGAGAAUCUAACAAAGCACUUGAAGCAAACCGCACGUAUAGCGAUGGGACCACUGCGACUCUCCACAUUGACUAUAUCCCAGUCACUGCCAGUUCUAGGGACAUUACAGUUGUACUGCUCAUCUUCUCUGGAGAGUACAGUGUCCAGCAAACUCUCCUCUGAGGACUGUUUCAUCCCGCUCUUCAGUGAAGCUUUGCGGUCAUGCAAACAGCAUGAUGUGAGACAAUGGAUGCUUGCGCUGAGAUACACCACCUUCCAAAACCAACUUGCUGACAAAUUCAAAGAUCAAACAGUGUCGGUGAAAAGUCACCUGAUGGAGUUGGGAUUAACAGCUGCCAAAUGUGCCAGAAAACGUGGAAAUGUCACACUUGCUGCAAAGUUACUUGGCCAGUGCAGCAAUAUCCACCUUGGACAAGUGUCCAAUGCCCAGGAUUUAGUCACUAAUUUUAAAAAGCUCUCACUCCACGGACAGAUGGAUGAAAAGUGGGGACCGGAACUUGAUAUUGAAAAAGCCAAAUUACUGUAUGCUGCAGGUCAGUCCACCCAUGCCAUGGAAAUGCUGAGUUUAUGCGCCAUCUCUUUCUGUAAAUCUGCAAAAGCAGAGUAUGCAGUGGCAAAGUCUAUCCUCACUUUGGCAAAAUGGAUCCAAACAGAUUGGAAAGAGAUUUCAGGCCAGAUGAAGCAAGUGUACAGAGCACGUCACCAAACAAACAUCACCAGUCUCUCUACUUUGGGGAAGAAUGUGCAUACGCUGAUUGACCUGCCACCUGUGAAUGCCAUGGAAGAGGAAUAUCCACGCAUUGAAAGCGAAUCCACAGUGAACAUUGGCGUGGGUGAGCCGGACUUCAUACUUGGCCAGCUGUAUCACUUGUCUUCUGUGCAGGCCCCUGAAGUGGCCAAGUCAUGGGCUGCAUUGGCUAGUUGGGCUUAUAGAUGGGGACGAAAGGUGGUAGACAAUGCUAGUCAAGGGGAAGGUGUGAAAUUGUUACAACAAGAGAAACUAGAGGUGCAGAGCCUACUACCAGAUAAUGUAUCCGAUGAAGACAAAGAAAAGAUCUAUGGCAUCCUGGGACAAGCGAUGUGUAGACCAGCUGGAAUCCAGGAUGAGGACAUGUCCCUUCAGAUCACAGAGAAUGAGGGCAACGAUGAGAAUGACACCGUAGAUGUGAUUUGGAGACAGCUCUUAGCCAGUUGCCCCUGGCUAGCAGACCAGGAUGAGACCGCCUCAGAGGGUCUCAUCAAGCUGUGGAGGAAAGUGGUUGACCGGAUCUUUAGCCUGUACAAAUUAUCCUGCAGUGCAUACUUCACUUUCUUAAAACUGAAUGCUGGACGGGUUACUCAUGAUGACGAUGAUCCACGCCUGCAUUUAACAAACUCUUCUAAGCAGAGCACAGAUGAUGUUAUUGUUAUGGCUACACUACGACUACUCAGACUGUUGGUUAAGCAUGCUGGAGAACUCAGACAGUACUUAGAGCAAGGACUGGAGACUACUCCCACUUCUCCAUGGAGAGGAAUAAUUCCUCAGCUUUUUUCACGUCUCAAUCACCCUGAAGUUUACGUUCGUCAGAGCAUUUGUAAUCUGCUGUGCCGAGUAGCACAUGACUCUCCUCAUCUCAUCCUCUAUCCUGCAAUAGUAGGAAGUAUCUCGCUGAGCAAUGAAUCCCAAUCUUCAGGUGCCAAGCUCUCGUCAGCGAUUCCCACUUUACUUGGAAAUAUGCAGGAUGAAGAGCUCAUGGGUGGUGAGUGUGAUGAAGGAAGUCCUCCAGCUUCUCAAGAAAGCAACAGAGAUGAAAUGAAGAAUUUGCUGAAUGAGGACCAAGCCAUGAUGCAGGAUUGUUACAGCAAAAUUGUAGAUAAAUUAUCUUCAGCCAACCCCACCAUGGUGCUUCAGGUUCAAAUGUUGGUAGCUGAGCUGCGGAGGGUCACUGUGCUUUGGGAUGAGCUAUGGCUGGGUGUUCUACUUCAGCAACACAUGUACGUUCUCAGGCGCAUACAGCAGUUGGAAGAUGAAGUGAAGAGAGUCCAAAAUAACAACACUCUUCGCAAAGAGGAGAAGAUUGCUAUAAUGCGUGAGAAGCACACCGCACUGAUGAAGCCCAUUGUCUUUGCUUUGGAGCAUGUUUGCAGUAUAACGUCAGUGCCUGCAGAAACACCGCAUGAGAAAUGGUUUCAGGACAACUAUGGAGAGGCAAUUGAAAAUGCUUUGGAAAAACUUAGAAACCCCUCCAAUCCUGCUAAUCCUGGAAAUAGCUGGAUACCAUUCAAGCAGAUCAUGCUAAGCCUGCAGCAGAGAGCACAGAAACGUACAAGUUACUUGUUACGCCUUGAAGAAAUCAGUCCUUAUCUGACCUCCAUGUCGAACACUGAAAUAGCCCUUCCAGGUGAAGUGUCGGACAGAGACACCAUCACAAUUCAUAGCGUGGGCAGCACCAUUACCAUCCUGCCUACAAAAACGAAGCCUAAGAAAUUCAUCUUCCUGGGAUCUGAUGGGAAAAACUACCCUUAUCUCUUCAAAGGUUUGGAAGACUUACAUCUUGAUGAGCGGAUUAUGCAGUUUCUGUCUAUCGUAAACACCAUGUUUGCAACUAUCAACGGUCAAGAGUCUCCCCGAUUCCGGGCUAGGCACUAUUCUGUUACACCCCUUGGCACACGAUCUGGGCUCAUUCAGUGGGUGGAUGGAGCCACUCCUCUGUUCGGUCUUUAUAAACGAUGGCAGCAAAGGGAAGCUGCUUUACAAGUGCAGAAGGCACAAGAUUCCUAUCAGACGCCUCAGAACCAAGCAAUGGUUCCAAGGCCCAGUGAGCUGUAUUACAGUAAAAUAGGUCCUGCGUUAAAGGCAGUUGGUCUAAGUUUGGAUGUGUCACGCCGAGACUGGCCUCUUAAUGUAAUGAAGGCUGUGCUUGAAGAAUUAAUGGAAUCUACUCCCCCUAACCUGCUUGCAAAAGAGUUGUGGUGCUCAUGCGCUACCCCUGAUGAAUGGUGGAGAGUUACACAGUCCUACGCCAGAUCAACUGCUGUCAUGUCGAUGGUUGGCUACAUCAUAGGUCUUGGUGACAGGCACUUGGAUAAUGUGCUAAUUGAUAUGACAAGCGGGGAGGUGGUCCACAUUGAUUACAAUGUUUGCUUUGAAAAAGGCAAGAGUCUUCGUGUUCCUGAAAAGGUCCCUUUCCGAAUGACCCAGAACAUUGAGAGCGCUUUGGGAGUAACAGGGGUGGAGGGAGUGUUUCGCCUGUCUUGUGAACAGGUCCUUCACAUAAUGAGAAGAGGUAGAGAGACCCUGCUGACGUUACUUGAGGCUUUUGUUUAUGACCCCCUUGUGGACUGGACGGCUGGUGGGGAGGCAGGAUUUGCUGGUGCGGUCUAUGGUGGAGGAGGCCAGCAGGCAGAAAACAAGCAAAGUAAAAGAGAGAUGGAGAGAGAGAUCACUCAGAGCCUGUUCUCCUCCAGAGUAGCAGAAAUUAAGGUGAACUGGUUUAAGAAUAAGGAUGAAAUGCUGAGUGUCCUUCCUAAACUAGACAGCAGUUUGGAUGAAUAUCUAAACUUGCAUGAAGAACUGACCGAGGUGGAGAAGUUACAGACCAGACUUCGGGAGGAGAUGACCUACUUGGAAGGAGCUGAAGCCACAGAUCAUCCUGCUCAUACUCUGCAGCACAGAUACACUGAGCACACCCAGCUACAGACUCAGCAGCGAGCUGUACAGGAAGCUAUCCAAGUGAAGCUGAAUGAAUUUGAACAGUGGAUAACACAGUAUCAGGCGGUCUUCAAAAACUUGGAGGCCACUAAAUUGGCCGGCCUGCUGCAAGAGAUAAGCAGCCAGAUGGACUUGGGUCCUCCCAGCUAUGUACCUGCCACAGCGUUCCUGCAGAAUGCCGGGCAGGCACACCUCAUCACACAGUGUGAGCAGUAUGAGGCGGAGAUGAGCACACUGCUGCAGCAGCGACGGUCAGUGCUGCGCGGCUGCCUGGAGCACCUUCACAACUAUGCCACUGUCGCACUUUUGUACCCAAAAACAGUAUUUCAGAAACACAGAAUGGAACAGUGGAAAACCUGGAUGGAAGAGCUUAUAUGUGACAUGACAAUGGAACACUGUCAGGAACUCUACCGGAAGUAUGAAAUGCAGUAUUCACCUCAGACUCCUCUGUCCCAGUUAGUUUCUGCCACAGAGUUGGUACUACAGCGUAAUUAUGCAGAUACAAAUUCCAAGCUUUUGCGGCAAGUAGACCGGCUAAAACAGGAGGCCGUAUCGCUACCAGUUUGUGAGGACCAGCUGAAGGAAAUUGAGCGUUGCAUCAAAGUUUUCCUACAUGAAAAUGGCGAGGAGGGUUCCCUGAGCCUGGCCAGCGUGGUCAUCUCAGCCCUGUGCGCUCUUACAAGACGUAACCUAAUGAUGGAAGGUGCUGCAUCUAGUGCUGGAGAACAGCUUGUGGAUCUCACAUCUCGGGAUGGUGCAUGGUUCUUAGAAGAGCUCUGCAGCAUGAGUGGCAAUGUCACAUGUCUGGUACAAUUACUGAAGCAGUGCAAACUUAUCCCUCAGGAUUUGGAUAUACCCAACCCUAUGGAAACUUCUGAAGCCGUGCAUCUGGCUAAUGCAGUCUACACCUCUCUGCAGGAACUAAACUCCAACUUCAGUCAGAUUAUUUUUCCUGAAGCUCUCCGAUGCUUAAUGAAAGGUGAACAGACAUUGGACAGCAUGCUGCAAGAACUGGAUAACCUGAUAGAACAGACUACCGACGGGACUCCACUGCAGACCCUUGUGGACUCUCUGCAGGCUUAUCUAAGAAAUGCUGCCAUGGGCCUGGAAGAUGAGGCGAAUGCUCACUACAUUGACAUUGCAAGAUCACUUAAUUCUCAGUAUGCAGAGUUAAUUCAGCCAAGAAACGGCUCAGUCGAAGAAACUCCAAAAAUGUCAGCUGGUCAGAUGCUUUUAGUUGCUUUUGACGGGAUGUUUGCUCAAGUUGAAACUGCAUUUGGAAUAUUACUGGAAAAGUUGAAACAACUGGAAAUUCCUCCUGCUUGGAGGAAAGUGGACAUCAUCAGGGAAGCACGCAGUACACAAGUGAACUUUUUUGAAGAUGAAGAACUCAGGCGUGUUUUAGAUGAGAUAUUCUUCCUGAAAAGGCUACAAACUAUCCGUGAAUUCUUCCGGCUUUGUGGGAUAUUCUCUCAGGCUUUGUCUGGAAAAAGCCAAAUUGAAGAUCAAGCUCCUGUAAAUGGACCUGUGCAAAUGGUGAAUGUUAAAUCGAUGUACAGGGGUUCAUCUUUGAGUGAAGACCAGAUGGCCAAACCAAUCAAGUCAUUUACUGCUGACUUUGUGAGACAGCUCUUAAUUGGGCUUCCAACACAGGCGCUUGGUCUGACACUUUGCAGCUACAUCAGUGCUCUGGGUGUGGAUGUUAUUGCCCAAGUAGAAGCAAAGGACUUUGGGGCAGAAAGUAAAGUGUCUGUUGAUGAUCUCUGUAAAAAAGCAGUGGAGCACAAUAUCCAGGUCACCAGGUUCUCUCAGCAUGUGAUGAGCAGAGCUACUGUCCUAGCCAGCUCUUAUGAUACCGCUUGGAAGAAACAAGACUUGGUUCGCCGCCUUGAAACUAACAUUUCUUCUUGCAAAACCAGCAUCCAACGCGUGCAGCUACACAUAGCAAUGUUUCAGUGGCAGAACGAGGAUUUACUGAUUAAUCGUACACAGACGCCACCCAUUACAUCUCCUCCCCGCUCUGCUAUCUUGACCAACAUGAAGAAGAAACUUCAUACUCUUGGACAAAUUGACACCUCUAUUGUAGCUGUCCAGGAAAAACUUGCCACUUUAGAAGCUAGCAUUGAGCAGCGCUUAAAGUGGGCAGGAGGGGCAAAUCCAGCAUUAGCACCUGUCCUUCAAGAUUUUGAGGCAACUAUUACAGAGAGAAGAAAUUUUGUGCUAAAAGAAAACCAAAGAACGAGCCAGGUCACUUUCCUGUGCAGCACUAUCAUACACUUUGAAAGCUUACGUACACGGACAGCAGAGACACUAAGCCUGGACAGCAGCUUAUUUGAGCUCAUUAAACGUUGUCAGCAGAUGUGCUCAUUUGCUUCCCAGUUCAACAGUACCGUGUCUGAUCUUGAGCUUCAGCUUCUGAAACGCGUGGGCCCAACCAGUGAGCAUUCUAUAGGAAGUCCUGAGUGGUUGGUUUCUGCCCACAAGCAGCUGUGCCAUGAUAUGGCAAACCAGAGAAAUCUGCAGAGUGAGGAAGAGCAGCAGAUUGAAGCUGUGUGUGAAACGAUACAGAACCUGGUAGACUGCAUCAAGACUGUGCUCACUGGCCACAACAGGCAGCUGGGAGAUGUCAAACACCUACUGAAAGCCAUGGCAAAGGAUGAAGAAGCAGCCUUAGCAGAUGGUGAAGAUGUGCCAUAUGAAAACAGUGUUAGGCAGUUUUUGUGCGAGUACAAGUACUGGCAGGAUAACAUCCAGACUGUUCUGUUCACACUGGUUCAGGCAUUGGGCCAGGUGCGCAGCCAGGAACAUAUAGAAAUGCUGCAAGAGAUCACUCCAACAUUAAAGGAGCUAAAGAAGCAAAGCCAGAGUAUUUAUAACAACCUGGUGGGUUUUGCAUCACCUUUGGUAACAGAUGCUACAAAUGAAUGUGCUAGCCCAACUACAUCGUCAACGUAUCUUCCCAGUUUUGCUGCAGCUGUGCGUAGCAACACUAUACAGAAAACCCAGCCUGAAUGCAUGUCACAGAAUGCAAAGAAGCCAGUUCAGAAAACGUUGGCACCGUCGGCAGAUACGCCACCCAGCAUUGUUCCAGGGCUUGGCAGGAGUGUUGUUUCUAGUCCUAAAAAGGCAGUGCGGGACCCAAAAACUGGCAAAGCUGUGCAAGAGCGCAAUUCUUAUGCAGUCAGCGUGUGGAAACGAGUGAAAACCAAGCUGGAGGGAAGAGACGUGGAUCCCAACAGAAGGAUGUCUGUUGCCGAGCAGGUGGACUUUGUGAUUAAGGAGGCAACGAAUCUAGAUAACCUGGCUCAGCUGUAUGAAGGUUGGACUGCUUGGGUGUGAGCAAGAAUACGGCAGACCAGCCUGGUUCAGCACAGUCAGAAACCCACCAGAAUCAAUCAAGUCUCAGGCAUCCACAGCCGCGCCAAGGCCGGUGGCGAUGUAUACUGGGGCUUAAUAUGAGGUAAUCUAGGAAAUCCUGGUGCAGUGGGUAAGGGAAUCCCACAGGAACGCUGCACCCAGAGAAAUGUUAAACACCAAUGGUCAGCAAUCCCCAGGGCACAGAGUAUAAUGCUCACCGUCUGGCUAACGGGAUUGUCUUUCUGCUACUGAAGAUCUGACAAUACAUCAAACAAAUGGCUGCAGAAAGAAAUUGGUAUCCUCCAGACCGCAUGGUGAUCUAGAACUCUCUUCCAUGUGACCAUGUCAACUAUUGAGGAAAUGCUAUACCCUGUUCGAAUAGGGGGGAAAAUUGGGGCCAUCAAGGAUUUGCAGUGAAGAAGAUGCUGUCAGUUUCUUGGGUUACUCUUGUUGCUUGCUUGGCAACAACGCUGGUUGAGUUGACCAGUUUAGCACAGAAGAGGCUAGGAGAUGAAGCAUGGCCUUUGAAAACUAACUGGAAAAAAAAGCAGCCAAAGAACAGAAUUGUGAAGUUUGGUGGACUUCUGUGAAGAAGAUAAAAAGCCUUGUUCUCCGUUCUUUUCUUCCCCUAAAUUCUUGUAGUUUAGGAAUAAUUUGUUUAAUUUCAACGCUUGUACUUUUCACACUGUAGUCAAUCUAACAGUAUGUUUGUUGGGCAUAUAUCAAAAUGCACUCAAAAACAUGGAGCUUGCAAAAAUGAUCCCAUUAUUUCCCAAUGCAUACAAAAGUCACAACAGGUUACUGUUUUGUGUUGCCCAUGUUCCGUUUCGUAAAGGAUCAGCAUUGUGCAUUCAAACACUGAAUAUGGUUUUCGUAAUUUAGGGUUAAAAAAACAAAUCCAUGUAUCCUACACAUCUCAUUAACUAAUUUCUGUAGUUCUUGGGGGGUAUAUUCCUAAUUUCUUUUACCAUGUAGUGCUUCCAUACUUUUAUUUUUCUCUCUAACUAGUUAAGCUUGUCACUGUUGCUGAUCGUUACUAUAAUAAAGUGAUGUUCUGGUGGAGGUAGACUGCAGUGGUGGUUAAUUCCUGUUUUGGAGAUAUAAGAUUUUUAUUUGUCUGUGGUUUUAAUGCCUCCAUAUCAAAAGUUUUAAACUCUUAUCUUUAAAGUGUUAAGUAAGAUUACUUACCAGACGACGUUAACGGCAUUCAGAACAUUUGGGAGUAGCACUCGUUCAGUUGAAUAGCUCCAGUUCAUAUGUACAUAUUUUAUUCUUCAUGUAUACGGUUUGAUACAUGCACAGAAUGAAUCCUGAAGAUUAAUAAAUUAAUGUCACAAGUUUAUAUUUCAUUUUUUGAGAAUACGUUUUAGAGGACAUAGCAUACAAGUGACUAAAAAAAAAAAAGCAAUGCUUUACAGGCAUUUCUUAGAAAAAAUAUUUGGUUAUUAGAAUGUAAUAUAGAUUGUGUUUUUGUUGUGCCCCAUUCCCAAACAUUUGAAAGUUGACUUAUGGUUAAAUGCUUUUACAGAAACUUUUACUUAGUUUUUUCCCCCUACUUUAUUUUUCAAAACCUCUGAUUUUAUCCACAUAAGAAUUGUAUUUUUCACAAGUAAAUUACUCCUGUAUAUUUUUGAUUGAGAAAUGUGGUGUGGAAAAGUGGCCAUUUAGCGUAAGUUCUAAUGUCCCUCCUUAACGUUGAGCAAGCCAAUUGAUCUACAGUGUGAUAAGGCACCAAAAAGAGCACACAUUCUGUUUAAGUAAAAUCCUAAUUCAACCAGCAAUUUGCCGUUGGAAAAACAGUUUCUUUAUUGUUACACCAGCAAUAUUACAGAAGGUAAGCUUUUCAUGUGCUUAUCGGGUAGUCUCCCUUAGAGCGAGGCCUCCAGCACAUGUUGGGAAAGAGUCCGUUUUGGAUCUCGGAAAACAAGAACAUUAAACUUGUCGUGGAAAUCCAUAGUAUUUUUUUAUUAGUACCACCCAAAUCUGAAGUAUUAACAAAUUUAAUGUAAAACAAAUUGUAAUGUUUGCAACUAGUAUAAUUUCAGUUUGUACGAAUGGCAGUCUUGUUACUCUGAUUGGCUGGCUAAGAGUAUUUACAUGCUGAGUAAUGCAUGUUUUUGUUAUGUACCCGCAGACAUUGCUAUGCAGUUAUGGUAAAACUGUAUGUCAGAAUUUAAUGUGAAGGAAUGACACUGUUUGCCCCCAUUUUACUCUAGGCAACAAAGAUCGUUAUGUGAGCUGUAGAUAGUGAGGAAAGAUUGCAUUACAUUCAUUUACUAUGACAUGUUAACAUUUAAUGCAGUUAACUCACACCUGUAAUAUUACAUUUCUUCUUUCAAAUACAGAGGUCUAUGAAGAAUCAAAUUCUUGUUUAAAUAAAAUUACAUACAUCCUAUCAAA